AUGUCAUUCCGGGCUGCCUUGAUUUUAGCACAAAUCACCACGCUACAACUGCGUGGCACUCUAGCCGUCGCAACCUUUCUAGAAGGCUUCUUUUCGACCAGUCAGAGCCCGUUCCAAGGCCAAGUCUAUGAACUAUGCUAUGGUGUCAAGUCAAUGGGGAAUAUCGUAUCCCUAGCUAACAAAGAAACAACUACAUGCGAACACCUCGGCGGCCUUUCCUUUUGGCAGGCCCAGCGGGAAACUCCUAACCGGUAUUUGAACCCAGAAUAUGAAUAUUUCUCAUUCGACACAAUUGGAGGAGAAUCUAUUGUGCUUGUCGGGGAUAAGAAAAGGGCGGCAUUGAAGGUUGGGAGGUUGGGGACGAACUCGCAGUUUCAUAAAGCGAUAAAAUAUCAGGGGGAAGCCGAGGGAUACGCUCUGGAGAUCACUUGGUAUUAUUUGGAUCUAUGGACCGACCAGGCCAAUAUAAACUUGAAGGUCAGGGCGAACUUUCUUAAAAAAAGCUUGCAAUUUAUCUAUUCAAGCCCAGCUCUAAUACUUUGGAUAGGGACUCUUCUAACCGACCAAGGAGACGAGCCAAAAGGUGUAUUCUACACUACUAGGACGGCAUUGGAUCCUAUGACUAUGACUCUUCGGGUUGCACCAAACCCAGAACAGGCUGGACAAGGCAACUUACCCAUAUACGAAGAGUCGGAUGAAACAGAUAGCUCUGAUGACGUUGGGGUUCCGACAUAUAAUCCGACUACAGAGACUUGGGAAUGGGCCGGACCUAACCAAAGAACCCCUGAUACGAUGUCAGAUGACGUAGGUGAAGAUAUCGCAAUGUUUAGCCCAGAAGACAGUGACGCCUUCAUCGAACAAGCGGAUUGGUCUACCGGUAGCAAGAGGUAUGAUUCUAUAUUAACUCCUCCGGCUAUCAUUCCAAAAGACCCCUUCAGAUUAUCGGCUGGAUAUCGUUAUCCGCAACCAGGAGCAGAUGGAUAUGAUCCUCAAACGGAUGAAAUAUUACAAAUUUCGGAUGUUCAGAUUAGUCCUUACCAGAAUUCCGAGGAAGCAUCUAGACUUCUAGGAGACAGUGAUAUAACCGAUCGAAUCCUCAUGAACAGUCCGGAAGAAACGACACUUGAUACUAGCGGCUCGCAACUAAACUUAGGCUCCGUUUCAUAUACGCCCACCGCAUAUGGAAAUGAAAUUAAUGCGGGGUUCGAUGAAGCUAUUGGAAUGAGCACACAACAGCGCUGGGCCCCUCCACAACCCGUUAAAGGUAUUUCUAACCAGCCCGUCUUUUUGAAAUCGGCUACGAGGAGAAAAGCGGGAAACAUAGGGCCAAUACUACCCUGGCCGGUCGCUGAUGAAAGUAAUAGUACUUAA